AUGGGUACCGGUAAGAAGGAAGCCGCUCGUAAAGAGCGGCUGGGAAAGGGUGGUGAUGGCAUGGACAACGUGAAGACCAAAGGUGAAAACUUCUACCGUGAUGCCAAGAAGAUCAAGACCUUGAACAUGUUCAAGGAUGGCAAGGCUAGACGUAAUGCCCACGGAGAGAUCACUGUUGCUGCCUCCUACCAGUCUCGCGAUGCCCCUACUGGUCGUAUCGAACCUAACCGUAAAUGGUUUGGUAACACUCGAGUUAUUUCACAGGAGGCGCUCACCUCUUUCCGCGAAGCAGUUGCUGAGCAGACUAAGGACCCAUACCAGGUGUUACUUAAGACGAACAAGCUUCCCAUGAGUUUGAUUCGGGAUAAUAGUGAUACGGUGAACGGCAUCAAGCAGCAUCAAGCUAAGAUGGCGAUUGAGAACAACCCCUUCGGCGACACCUUUGGACCUAAGGCUCAAAGAAAGCGUGUUAAGCUGGGCGUCACAUCUCUAGAUGACCUGGCCGGUGAGACUGCCAAGCUUCAUGAUUCAUACCUCGAGAAGCAGGAUCAAGACACACACGAUGACGGCACACCCAAUGUCUCUGGUGAUGUCAACCCAAACAUCGAAGAUCCUAUCCUUACAACAGCCCGCGAGUCAGUUUUCUCCAAGGGUCAAAGUAAGCGUAUCUGGAACGAGCUGUAUAAGGUCAUCGAUUCUUCCGAUGUGGUUAUCCAUGUUUUGGAUUCUCGUGAUCCUGACGGCACACGUUGCCGAAGUGUCGAGAAGUACAUUCGUGAAGAAGCUCCUCACAAGCAUUUGAUUUUUGUACUCAACAAGACCGAUCUUGUGCCAACCGGCGUGGCUGCCGCUUGGGUUCGCCAUCUGUCAAAGGAUUACCCUACCCUCGCUUUUCACGCCAACAUCAACAACUCUUUUGGCAAGGGAUCUUUGAUUCAGCUGCUCCGUCAAUUCUCGUCGCUGCAUUCUGACCGCAAGCAAAUCUCCGUUGGUUUUAUUGGUUACCCUAACACUGGUAAAUCCUCAAUUAUCAACACCCUUCGAAAGAAGAAGGUCUGCACUGUGGCUCCUAUUCCUGGUGAGACCAAGGUUUGGCAAUACAUCACUCUCAUGAAGAGAAUUUAUCUCAUCGAUUGUCCUGGUGUCGUUCCACCUAACCAGAACGACACUGAGACUGAUAUUCUUCUUCGUGGUGUUUGCCGUGUUGAAAAUGUCGACAACCCGGAGCAGUACAUUCCAGCCGUCAUGCAACGGGUCCAGCCCCGUCACCUGGAGCGUACCUAUGGUAUCAAGGAUCCUGUCGAUGCCAUUGACUUCUUAAGUCGACUUGCUCGCAAGGGUGGUCGCCUCCUCCGGGGCGGUGAGCCUGACUUGGAUGGUGUCGCCAAGAUGGUCAUCAACGACUUCCUUCGUGGAAAGACCCCUUGGUUCACCCCACCUCCCAAGCCAGUGGGCAAAGAAGGUGACGACAACCAGAAAAUUGAGGGCCGUGAAGGUCGCCUUGGUGAGAUGGGUCGCAAGCGUAAGCUUGAUCAGACCAUCCCCGAGGAGGCCGCUGACGAUGGCGAGUCAUCGGAUUCUAAGCCUGAUGAGGAGUUUGAAGGACUUUCCGAGAAUGAAGAUGAUGAUAAUGACUCUAUCGCGAACCUGGAAGUCAGCGAUGUCGAGAGUGGUGAGGAAGAUUGA